AGCUGCUAAAGAAGGUAGCCAGGUUACAGAUGAAGGACGUCGAAAGCCGCCUUGCUGAGAGGGGAGUUGCCUUGGCUGUAACCAAUGCGGCGCUGGACUACGUAUUGGCGGAAAGCUAUGAUCCGGUUUAUGGUGCUAGACCUAUAAGGAGGUGGUUGGAGAAGAAUGUGGUGACGGGGCUCUCAAAAAUGCUUAUAAGGGAAGAGAUUGAUGAAAACUCAACUGUUUAUAUAGAACCUGGGCCAAACGGGAGUGAUUUGGUGUAUAGGGUGGAGAAGAAUGGAGGGUUUGUUAAUGCUGCCACUAGUCUGAAAACAGAUGUGUUGAUUCAAGUCCCCAAUGCCAAUGGCCCAAGAAAUGAUGCUGCUCAGGCAGUGAAGAAGAUCAAGAACCAGGAAAUUGAUGACGGUGAUGAGAUGGACGAGUAAGAUUGUUCUUCUUUAAGGAAAAGAUGCAAAGUAAAUGAGUUUUUUUGGUUAUAAUAU